CAAAAAAAAUCCCAUAUCAAAACAAAAAUACAAAUUUUUUAAUAAUUUAUUUGAAUCAAAACAUAAAAUAAUGUCAAUUUGUAAAUAAAACUCAAGGAAUAUUAUAAAAUGCAAACAAAGAAAACCAUCAAAAAAUGCUGACUAUUUUAAAUCCAUUUCUUGAAUUUAUUAAUUUCACGAAAAAUGCAAUCCACUAUAUUCUCGUUGUUAGCUUCCUUAUUGGCAAGGGAAUGUUUGCCAUUAUUGAACAAAUAUUCACAAUUUGUGGAGUGAUUGUUCAAGGAAUCGGCAUUGUUUUGGAAGAAUUAUGGUUGUUUGUGGGGGAACUCAAUUUGAUUGUAAACGAAAUGUUUACUUACAUCGAGAAUUCAACCAAUCGAGGAGUUGCUGGGGUGCUGGAAGGAUUGUCAUUGUUUUUUACAGAAAUUGGAAGAUUCCUUACAAAUGGCAAAUUGCAUUCCAAACUUUUAGCGUCGGCUGUUGGCAAAUGGGUUAGUAAUUUCUUUGAAAUUAUCUGCGGAGGACUCUUGCUAAUAGCCGACUCAGUUUGGUUUGCAUUGACAUUCAUUCCAAAGACUUUGUUUGAAGUUGUCAUUGUUAUGGGAGAUUUGAUAACAUUUGGAAUUGGUGGAACUUGGAAGUUAAUGUUGCGAUUUGCCCAGAACGUCAUUGAUGAGCUCUUUAGAUAUACAAUAGCUUUGGUUGUAAUAGCUUUAGCUAUUAGAAAUCGAAGGCGUAUUUAUAGAGCUAGCAGACGAUGGACUAUUCGGAUUGUCCGGACUACUUUAAAUUGGAUUUUGAAGAUCUAUCGCUUCCUUUUUGUCCUCCAACCUCCGCGGCCAUUACCAGCUCAAAAUCGUAUUAAACCACGAUCUCCAAUAAACAACACAUCGCCACUUAAUAAAAGCAACGAAUCCAAUUGCUGUGUUGUUUGCCGUGAUCGUCCAAAAUGUGUCUUACUCCUGCCAUGCAAACAUCUUUGCAUGUGUGAAGAAUGUGCAGAAUUUAUAGCCGCAAUGCGGCAAGCAUUCUGUCCAUUAUGUCGAAGUACUGUUCAUAAACAAUUGUCCGUCUAUGUUUAGAAUAAUCAACCAAAGGAAGCUACCUACACAAAUUCGACCAAAAAGUCUGAACUGAACUUUUCUACUUUUUGUACCUCCAGCCAAGUGCGUAUUUUUUUUUUUUUUUUCAUAUUUUUAGUUUUAU